GUUGCUAUGGCAACGGCUUUGUUUAACUUCCAUUUUAUUUAACUCUUCAACCGCGUGGCGAUACAAUGACCAUGAAAUAAUAAAUAUUGAUCGACCAAUCCAGAAUAUCACAUCAAAAUGUCAGGUUCAGACACUCCAUCGGUGAUCGAAGGGCUGGAUGUUGAAUUGGACUUCUUCAAGGAUGCCAGAGUACUGUGGUUUAAGGAACGAAUACUAUCCUUCAUCGGUAUGAGCGAUGACGAGUUGUUCUAUAAUAUGUUCGAUGAUGCGGAAGUUAAGCGCUUGUUCACUAAUUACGUGACGUCACCAAUCAAACCAAAUGAACAGGAAUUGGAUAAGAGAACGUUUUAUGUCACUAAAAUCAUUGUGGAUAAACUCAUACACGAAGACAAGGAGUUUACGGAGUGGAGAAUAAUACCUCCGCCUCCGCCCCCUCCGCCACCACCGCCAAAGAAAAAGAAAGGAAAAAAAGGACCUGCUCCUGAAGUCGCACCGGAAGCUAAAGAUAAGAAGGGGGGCUUAGGAGGGAAAGGUUCUAAAAGUGGAAAGCUAGUGAAAAAAACUGAAGGAGAGGAAGAUCUUGAAAUAGAAACAGCAGCGGCCACAGUAACCGUGACCGAAGAUGACACCAAGCCAGUAUUAGAUUUGCACGUCACCGAACAAGGAGACGGGAAACCGCAAAUGGGAACACCAGACGACAUGUAUUCUUUUCCGGCUCCUCCAGAAGAUUUGGAUCCAGAAAUCGAUGGAACACUAGAAUACUUUACUAUUGUUCGAUCAGUUCCAAGAGUGAUCCAGUAUCCGAAGUUGAUUCCAACAUUCGGUGCAUUAACUCCUCAAUUAGCGCAACGGAACCGGCGCUACAUCUAUUUUAUCAGGCAAGCUCAGGGAGAAAUCCCCCUCGCGGAGUCUUCAUAUCUUACGAUGCUGAAGAUGCCUGAUUAUGUCCUUACCGGGAUCACCUCAGGAAAGGUGUUAAUGAGCUUGGGACUUCAGUUGAAAGAGGCCUACAUUCGACUAUUCGAAAAGCAAUUUCGUGAGAUAACCGUAUUGACUCCAGAAAAUAGUCAGUCAACGCUUUCGCGUCAACUGUCGUAUGCUGGUGCACAUCACAUCAUGGACGAGACUGCUUCUCAGGUGAACUAUCUCCGGCCGUCGGAUUAUAGGAGAAUGUCAAACAUAGCUCGAGGUGAAAACGCGGAGAAACGAAUUAAGAACAUGCGCUCAACCUCUGCCGUGUCAAUGAUAAAGUUUCCAGUUCCGAGACAAACUUCGAUAGCGGAAUCGAGUACUCGAAUAUUCGAGGAACCUAUAAAGAGCGAUCAACAGAAAAGCACAGCCGAAGAAGUGAUCGCGGACAUCACAGAACUUGUUGGGACUGUAGAAUGGACUAUAGAACAUAUCGAAGGCGAAAUCCACUUUCCGAUGCCGGACAUCCCAGCCCUGAUGGACGAACAGCGGGGUCGGGUAGGCUUCAAUGACCCAGCACUCACGAAGCAAUUGGAGGAAGCAGUGAUGAUGUGGCAAAACCACAUCGAUACGACUAUUGCUGCUUGUUUGGGCAAGGUUCGAGAAGGUGAAGGACCGGUUGCAGAAUACAAGUACUGGCGUGAAAGAGAUGCUGAAAUAUCCUUAUUGGUGGAGCAGCUGAAGCAACCGAUGGUCGUGAAAAUUUUAACGUUGCUAGAGAAAGCCGGCUCGACAUAUCUUGAGGGUUUCGCAAAUUACAAAGAAAGAUUGUUGGAGCAAUACAAUUUGGCGGGAGAUAAUCUGAAGUUUCUUUCUACUUUGUUGCGUUUUUUUACUGUAAUCGAAGACGAAUCACCUCUCCAACAAGUAGUGGAGACUCUACCGGAAAUGGUAGAGAGCAUCUACAUGAUGUGGGUUCUCUCUAAAGGGUAUAAGGCGGAUGAGACAAUGGUGCCUCUACUGUCGAGGAUAUCUUGGGCCCUGUGUGACAAAUUAGAGCGGUUCCUUGACGUUCAUAAACUAUUUGACAAAGCAAACGAUGAGAUUCUGAAUUUAGCUAGAACCGGUCAAAAGAUAAUGGAAAUGUGGCACGAUCUGUACAAAGAAACCAGGCGUAAUAUAGAAUUGAGUGGUAAAGGCGCAAGAUGGGAAUUCGAUCAGCCAUUACUGUUCACACGUACAGACUACAUUGGAACUGUGGCUCGGGACUUGGGUGAUAUUAUUCAGGUGCUGAUCGAUUUUGAGCGUAUUUUUGGUCUAGAAUUGAAAUCGAUUAUCAGCGACCCAACACAAAUCGACGAUGUGCGGAAACGGGUCAAGAACCUCGUCUAUCCCAUAAGGACGGUUGACUUCAGCGUCUUCGUGUUUGACAACAAAGAGAACUGGGACGUCAUUAUGGGCGACUUCUGGAACGAAGUCCGGUAUUUAGAGGACGAGGCCAAGAAUUAUAUAAAUCAGAGCUUCGGAAAUUUGAGAUCAUCAGAGGAAGCUCUAACCGUUCUCCUUAAAUUUCUCGAGUUUGACACGCGCGAAUCGAUACGUCGUCAACUCUCGACGAAGUUUGAUCUCGUUAUGCGUCAAUUCAUCAAAGAAAUAACUGCAAUUGAAGACAAAUUCACGCGUUAUCGUAAGAAUCCACCACUUCUGCGGAACCAUCCUCCCGUAGCCGGCGCCAUUAGCUGGGCCCGGGCACUUUUCAAUAAGAUGAAACAGCCCAUUAUGAAAUUUCAAAAGGUGUCAGAAUUAAACGAAUGUGAACAGAAGAAAGAGGCGUUCCUACAGUACAAGGCUUUCUCCAAGAUCAUCAAAGAAUACGAAGACACAAAGUAUAAGGAAUGGGUACAGGACGCUUCUCUCUUCUGUGACAAUAUGAUGAAGAAGAACAUUUUGAAGGUUGUCUUCAAAAAAGAAGAUGAUCCAGUGCCACAAAAGGCCCGAGGCAUGCAACUGACAGCGGCGGGUCGGGCGCACGUCGCCAAGAAAAAGGCUUCAAACACUUCUCUAAAACCGCUCGACAUCGUCAACAAGGAGAUCGCCGAUAAACGUCGAAGAGAUAAGGCUUUAAUGCUGAUGAGGAUUCCCGGUCAACAUUACGAAAACGUUCGCUCUCCAAGCUCCGUGUCUCUGCUUGCGAAGGAAGGACUGACGGACGUGACAUGGCGUGAUUUGACCGUGCACAAAUUGAUACAAGAAUACAAUUUAGAAUUUCAACCAAAUUUCGAUAAAGACUUGUUCUUGGUCAUACACGAAGCUGAAUUGAUGGAACAAUUAGGUUUUGACGUACCAUCGAACGUAAGAGAUGUAGCCAUGCAAAAAUCUCGGCUGUUUUACGAGUUGGAAGCCUUGAGCAAGAUCAUCGCUAAGUACAAUAAGAAUGCAUCGUCACUGAGUCCAUCGGAAACGUAUCUGAUGAAGCGUCACCUCCUUGACAUGGAAAGGCACAUACUGCCAGGCCUGACGCGGAUCACUUGGACCGCUCUUGGAAUUAAUGAUUACAUCAAGGAUAUUACUAAAGGUGAAAAUUCACUACAAGCCGUGUAUCAACAGUUGAAGAUGGUCGAGAAAGAGAUUCAGUUUUUAAUAAAUCAACUUCAAGAGUUCGAUCUGUUUCCAGUCGUUCGGCCGAAAAAUUAUAAAGAUCCCGAAACCGGAAUACCUGACGACACUUGGAUAUAUCCUUGCAAGACAUAUUUCGUGGAAGUGGAAAACGAAAGGUUGGAACGUGUAGCAGGACUCUCGCGUAUUUAUGACCGCAUCGGUCCCAUACUCAUGAAGCUCGAAUAUUUGAUCCUUGGGACGAGUUCUGGGAGAUCAGAAGUCAUGGCGUCUUAUUACGCUUACUGGGAGAAAAAGAUUUUCAAAUGUCUUGUGAAUUUCACCUUGGAGAACUUGGAGCAUUUCCAACAAAUGCUCAGUGAGAAGACUCCGCUGUUUCAAGUGGACGCUGUGCUGGUCCCGCCAGACAUCACCAUGCGCCCAACGUCUUCCGAAGUCUGCAAUAUACUCGGAUACAAUAUUAAACAUUUCUUAAACAGACUAACUGCGUUUCCACGUUGGAUGAAGAAGACAUGUCUACCGUGUCCCCCACAGCGAGUCGCUGAAGCGACCGGCAAUGAAUAUUACGUGUUCUCAUACUUUGAAGACAUCCUGAGAGUUGUAGCCAUCAACGAUAUAACAUUACUCAUACAGGACACUAUAUAUCGACUGACGCAAGAUAUAAACAGCUAUAUACAAAAAUGGCAUAAAUAUCAACACUUGUGGGCAUUCGACAAGAGUCUUUCCUGCGAGAAAUACAUUCAGAAACACGAACAAAUAUAUAAAUACGAUGAGAAAUUCUUCUUUUUCGAAGAUAUAAUUUCAGAUCUCAAUACACAUGUCAAGUUUGUUGAUGUCGGAGCGGUGCGAGUGAAUCUGAGGCCAAUUAUAAAGCAAAUACAAGAUCAUGCUUUAGAAUGGAAGAAUAUUUUAGGCAAUUGCAUUGCUUCUAAAACCAAAAUGAACAUGUAUGAUUUGAAGAACCAAAUUGAAAGUCUUCGGAUGACAAUAAACAUGAAUAUUAAAGGUUUAGAAGAUUUCAAAUUAGUAAUGGCGACCAUCACACAAGUACAACAAAUGACGAUAACUGCAGAAGUGAAAUACCGCGGUAUGCAGGAAAUAUUCCACAUGUUGAAACAGCACGGUAUAAAUGUGACAGACGAAGACUUACAAUUUGCUAAGAGCCUCGAAGCGUCUUGGGGUAGUCUAUACCAAACUUCGUUGUUCCGCGGGAACACAUUGGAACAAACAAAAGAGAAAUUCUCCAAGUUGAAUGUUGUUGAGAUAUCGAAUUUCCUCAAAGAACUCGACGAUUUCGUGGAAAAGUUCGAUAACGAAGGACCGGCGACUGUGGAAGACGAUAUGGAUAGAGGGUUACUGCUUAUGGAGGAAUAUGGAAAAUAUAUCGAUGAGUUGGAAUCGCGAAAAAAAAUGCUGCAAGCGGCAGAACAACUCUUUGACAAUCCACUAGCGGACUUUUCGAAUUUCAAUCGCACUAAAGCAGAUUAUUCAGCAAUGGAUCAAAUAUACAAAAUAUACAAAGCCCAAAAGAACGCCAGAGAAGUCUGGGCUAAGACUCUGUGGGUGAAUUUGAAUCCACAAGCAUUGGUUGAUGGAAUCGAACAAUUCUUCAAAGAAUACAGAAAACUUCCAAAGAUUGUCCGUCUAAGCAGCACAGGACUGAUGCUUGAUCUUAAAAUGAAACAAUUCAAAGGUGUUGUGCCCUUGAUGGUAUCUUUGAAAAACGAAGCGAUGCGGGAGAGACAUUGGAAAGAACUCAUGGCAAAGACUGGUCAGGACUUUGAUAUGUCUCCGGAUCGUUUCACUUUAGAAAAUAUGUUUGCAAUGGAAUUGCACAAGUAUCAAGAUGUUGCUGAAGAAAUCGUUAAUCAUGCUAUAAAGGAACUGGCUAUUGAACGCGGAGUUAAAGACGUACAAGAAACUUGGGCGAACAUUUCGUUUAGUGUAUCCAGACACUUCAACAGAGGGGAAGACCGUGGCUACACCCUCAAUCCGUGCGACGAUAUAGUUGUGAAGCUAGACGAUGAUUCCAUGUCUCUCCAAAGUAUGGCAGCUUCACAAUUCAUUGGACCAUUUUUAACGGUAGUCCAAACAUGGGAACAUCGACUGUCUCUGAUAUCUGAAAUAAUUGAGGAAUGGAUGGCGACUCAAAGAAAGUGGCUUUACCUAGAAGGCAUAUUCGUUGGGGGAGAUAUACGUACACAGCUGCCUGAAGAGGCCAAAAAAUUUGAUGACAUCGAUAGGGCUUUUAGGAAGAUUAUGUUGGAUACCGCGAAACGUCUUAAUGUCGUCGACUGUUGCACGAUUGGAGGUAGACUUGAGGAAUUCGUUAAUUUAGGAUUAGGCUUGCAAAGGUGCCAAAAGUCUUUGAACGACUAUUUGGAUUCGAAACGUCGUAUUUUUCCUCGAUUUUUCUUUAUUUCCACGGAUGAACUGCUCUCGAUACUUGGGAGUAGCGAAAGCAGUUGUGUACAGGAACACAUGAUUAAGAUGUUUGAUAAUAUCAGAGCUUUAGAUUUGUACGUAGAUCAUACCAAUCGUCCAGUUGCAGCCAAAAUGAUUUCUGCUGAAGGAGAGAUAAUGGAUUUUCGAAAUGUAGUUUACACAGAGGGCAGGGUUGAAGAUUGGAUGAAUCUAGUACUCGUAGAGAUGCGACACACCAACAAAUUUAUUACGAAAAAGGCCAUAUUUUACUAUGGAAAAAAUUGGAAGGUACCAAGAACUGAUUGGAUCCUAGAAUACCAAGGAAUGGUGUGUCUAGCGGCUAACGGGGUGUGGUGGACCGCAGAAACUGAGGAGACAUUUUUAAGAAUAAAAAAAGGAAAUAAAAGAGCAAUGAAAGAACAUUUGCAACAGCAGAACGAACAACUAGACGGACUCGUAGUUAAAGUGAGACAAGAUUUAUCGUCGAAUGAUCGUCUCAAAUUCCGCACGAUAACAACAAUAGAUGUGCAUGCAAGGGACAUUAUAGAGGGGUUCGUGCGAGAUAAUAUUACUGAAGCUGCCGAGUUCGAAUGGGAGAGUCAAUUGAGAUUUUACUGGUUAAAGAAAGAUGACAACCUGUGGAUAAGACAAUGCACUGGCGUAUUUGAAUACGGAUACGAAUACAUGGGACUGAAUGGACGCCUGGUCAUCACACCGCUCACAGAUCGAAUAUACCUAACUAUAACGCAAGCAUUGACAAUGCAGCUCGGAGGAGCUCCAGCCGGUCCCGCUGGUACCGGCAAAACCGAAACUACAAAAGAUUUAGCAAAGGCUUUAGGUCUUCUAUGCGUGGUGACCAACUGCGGGGAGGGAAUGGAUUUCCGAGCUGUUGGACAGAUCCUCGCUGGCCUUUGCCAGUGCGGUGCUUGGGGAUGCUUCGACGAAUUCAACAGGAUUGAUAUAUCAGUGCUGUCAGUUAUUUCAACGCAGCUACAGUGCAUCAGAAGUGCUUUGCUCAUGAAAUUGAAACGUUUCACGUUUGAAGGGCAGGAGAUAGCAAUGGAUAGCAAAGUUGGUAUCUUUAUCACCAUGAAUCCUGGAUACGCCGGUCGAACGGAGUUACCUGAAUCCGUGAAAGCUUUGUUCAGACCUGUCGUGUGUAUUCUACCUGACCUUGAAAUGAUUUGUCAGAUAUCCCUAUUCUCUGAUGGAUUUCUUACGGCCAAAGUUCUAGCCAAGAAAAUGACAGUCCUAUACAAAGUAGCAAGAGAACAACUAUCAAAACAAUCUCACUAUGACUGGGGAUUAAGGGCUCUAACGGCGGUCCUCAGGAUGGCGGGGAAAUUGAGAAGAGAUUCCCCAGGACUCAGUGAAAUUAUGGUGCUGAUGAGAGCUUUAAGGGACAUGAACCAUCCAAAAUUCGUAUUUGAAGACGUGCCUCUAUUUCUUGGACUGAUAAAAGACCUUUUCCCUGGGUUGGAGUGUCCUCGUGUUGGUUAUCCAGAAUUCAAUGCUGCCGUUCUUGAGGUUUUAGAAAAAGAUGGAUAUGUUGUACUACCGCAUCAGGUUGAUAAAGUGGUUCAACUUUACGAAACGAUGAUGACUAGACACUGUACGAUGCUAGUGGGGCCCACGGGCGGCGGCAAGACGGUUAUACUUCAUUGUCUAGUGAAAGCUCAAACUAAUUUAGGUCUACCUACAAAACUUACAGUUGUUAAUCCAAAGGCCUGCUCCGUUAUAGAGCUGUAUGGUAUCUUGGACCCUGUAACAAGAGACUGGACCGAUGGUUUAUAUUCAAAAAUAUUUAGGGAAAUGAACAGACCGGCAGAAAAGAAUGAGCGUCGCUACUCAUUAUUCGAUGGAGAUGUAGACGCUCUUUGGAUAGAGAACAUGAAUUCGGUAAUGGACGAUAACAAGCUCUUGACCCUCGCGAACGGAGAGCGAAUCAGACUGGCCCCGUACUGCUCUUUACUCUUCGAAGUUGGAGAUUUGAACUAUGCCUCUCCGGCCACUGUUUCCAGAGCCGGAAUGGUGUUCGUCGACCCUAAGAACUUGGGAUACGAACCUUACUGGGAAAGGUGGCUUUCCACACGCAGCAACGAAGAGGAACGCGAACAACUGUCUGGUCUCUUUGAGCACUAUGUACCCGGCGCGAUCAACUACAUUGUAUUCGGCAUGUUUGGACUACAACAGCAAACGCCCUUGAAAACUAUCGUCCCGCAGACUCCUCUUAACUUGGUGAUGCAGCUCUGCUAUAUGAUAAGCGGUCUCUUGCCGAACAACGAAGACACUAACAUGGAGAUUGACAAAACCGUCGUCGAGUGUGUUUUCAUGGUGUCAAUGUACAACAGCCUCGGGGCGGCCAUAGUCGACAACGGUCGAUACGACUUCGACAAUUACAUCAAGAAGGCGUGUCCCAUGAUGCUGGUCGAAGACAACCCGGAGAAAAAAGCUACUACAAAACAUUUUCCGAUGGGCUUUCCAACUCUAUACGACUAUUGCCUUGAGCUGACGACCAAAUUAUGGGAAGCCUGGGACUGGCUGGUGCCGGAAUACGAACACGAUCGGGACAUGAAGUUCCCCGCCAUACUCGUACCAACAGUCGACACCCUGCGACUUACGUGGCUGAUAAAGAUUAUGGAAAGCGUAGAACGUCCCGUACUUUUAGUGGGAGACACAGGAACAUCCAAGACUGCGAUAAUCACUAACUACUUGCGCGGACUACCGGCUGAUAAAUAUAUCAUCCAACAAAUGAAUUUCUCUUCUCGGACGUCAUCGAUGGACGUGCAAAGGAAUCUGGAAUCGGUUGUGGAGAAGCGAACCAAGGACACAUUCGGGCCGCCGGUCGGGAAGAGAAUGCUUGUUUUCAUCGACGAUAUGAACAUGCCCAUUGUUGAUACGUACGGAACGCAGCAGCCAAUUGCCUUGUUGAAACUCUUAUUCGAAAGGAAGGGAUUCUACGAUCGCGGAAAAGAUCUCAACUGGAAGAACCUGAAAGACAUCGGCUUUCUCGCGGCCAUGGGGAAAGCUGGAGGAGGAAGAAACGACGUGGAUCCGAGAUUCAUAUCCAUGUUUUCAGUAUACAACCUUCAGUUUCCAUCAGAAAACACACUACGCCACAUUUACGUUUCUAUACUGAAAGGCCAUUUUGAGAUAUUCCCGGAAGAGAUACAGGGCAUAGUGGAGAAAAUCGUUCAAAUGACAUUAGACUUGUAUAAGAUAAUAAUAGUAGAAUUGCCUCCUACUCCGGCUAAGUUCCACUAUAUUUUCAAUCUCCGUGACUUGUCUCGGAUAGCGGCUGGCAUGUGUCUGACACACGCGAACUACUUCAGCGAAAAACGUACAGUUGUUAGGUGCUGGAGGAAUGAGUUCACCAGGGUCAUAUGCGAUCGACUUAUCAACCAACAGGACAACGAAUUAAUGCGCGGGCACAUACAAGAGCACGUGGCAAGGUAUUUUCCCGAAGACGAACCAGUCGUGCUAGAAGAAAUAGUUAUACCGGAGGAAGAAGAGAAAAUGCCUGAAGAGGAAGACGAAUUUGCGGCGGCCGAAUCAAAGCCAAAAACUGCAGAGACGACUGAUGAUCAAGAGCUGCUCAUUGAAGAAGAAGAGGAAGUAGAAGCUGAGAAGGAGCUAACUCUUGAAGAAUACGUGCUUCGAGAUCCGAUGCUGUUUGGAGAUUACAGGAAUGCUCUUGAUGAAGAAGAAAUUCGAUAUUACGAAGAUUUGUUGGAUUACGAAGCGAUUUAUUUCCUGUUCCAGGAGAUACUGGAUGAGUACAAUGAGCGUAACGCGAAGAUGUCUAUAGUACUGUUUGAAGAUUGCCUAGAACACUUGACGAGGACUCAUCGUAUUUUGCGCAUGGACCGUGGAAACGCCAUGAUUAUCGGAGUCGGAGGAUCUGGGAAGAAAUCGAUUUGCAAGCUGGCUGCGUUCGCUGCUGGCUGUGAAAUGUUCGAGAUCACGGUGACGCGUAAUUACAACGAGAAUACAUUUAAGGAUGAUAUGAAACGUAUGUACUUGCAGCUCGGCGUUGAUAACAAGAAGACUGUCUUCUUGUUCACUGCUGCCCAGAUUCUCGAAGAAGGCUUCUUGGAGUUUAUCAACAACAUACUAAUGAUCGGUAUGAUACCGGCUCUGUUCGGUGAUGAUGAGAAGGACAGCAUCAUCAACUCUGUGAGAAACGACAGCAGCGAUGCCGGAUACGGGAUAGCUAAGGAUGCAGUUUGGAACUUCUUCUGCAACAGAUGCGCGGACAAUCUACACGUAGUGCUGUCGAUGUCUCCGAGCGGAGACAUUCUUAGAAACAGGUGUCGGAGUUUUCCUGGUCUAGUGAAUAACACGACAAUCGACUGGCAAUUCCCUUGGCCGAAGCAGGCGUUGUUAGCUGUUGCUAACGUGUUUCUCGCUGAUGUUCAGAAAAUUCCAGAAGAAUUUCGUCCCAUAAUAGUGGAGCAUGUAGUCCACGUGCACAUGUCGGUAGCACGAUACUCUGCAGAGUUCCUGCUUCGACUUCGAAGAAACAACUACGUUACGCCCAAACAUUACAUGGAUUUUCUAACCAAUUAUUUGGCUCUUCUAAAUGAAAAAGACGCUUUCAUAGUCGCUCAGUGUGAACGAUUAAAAGGAGGGCUUGCUAAAAUAGCCGAAGCAAAUGUUCAGUUAGAAGACUUGAAUGCGAAACUCGCAGUCCAGAAGGUUAUCGUCGCCGAACAAACUAAGGAAUGUGAAAUAUUGCUUAAAGAAAUUUCUACAGCUACUGAAGCCGCAGUAGCAAAACAGCAAGUGGCGGGAGUGAAGUCGGUUGAGAUCACCGAACAGAGCAAGGUCAUCGCCGUGGAGAAGGCUGAUGCUGAGGAGGCGUUGUCUGCUGCGUUGCCUGCACUAGAAGCUGCAAGAUUGGCCCUUGCUGAUUUGGACAAGAACGAUAUUACUGAAAUUCGAUCUUUUGCAACACCCCCUGAAGCUGUACAGGUGGUGUGUGAAUGCGUCGUAAUAAUCAGAGGAAUUAAAGAUGUAAGUUGGAAAGGCGCCAAGGGAAUGAUGGCAGAUCCAAAUUUCUUGCGGAAUCUUCAAGAGAUGAACUGCGAUCUUAUCACUCAGGCACAAGUUAAGGCGGUAAAAACGCACAUGAAAAAGAGUAAAAAACUGGAUACGAUGCAGCAGAUUAGCAAAGCUGGAUAUGGACUACUAAAGUUUGUCACUGCAGUAUUGGGCUAUUGUGCCGUCUACAAAGAAGUCAAACCAAAAAAAGAGAAAGUAGAAGCACUAGAGAAAGAAUAUUCGGAAGCUGUCAACUAUUUGGCUUCCCUCAAUAGAGAAAUCGACCGACUACAGAAGACUUUAGACGGACUAAACAAUCGUUACGAAACGGCCAUGAUGAGAAGACAGGAACUUCAAGAAGAAACCGAUCUGAUGAUGCGGAGAUUGGUGGCAGCAGAUAAACUAAUGUCUGGACUGUCUAGUGAGCAGAAAAGGUGGACAGAAGAUUUGGCAGCCUUAUAUGUAGAACAAUCGAGGCUUAUAGGAAACUGUUUGUUGGCAACGUCUUUCUUGAGCUACACCGGUCCUUUCUCGUUUUCAUUUCGACAAACUAUGAUUUACGAGGAUUGGUUGGGCGAUGUUAUGGAGAGGGGAAUACCGUUGACUCUACCCUUUACAAUUGAACGAAAUUUGACUAAUGAAGUUGAAGUCAGCGGGUGGAAUAGUGAAGGUCUACCUCCAGAUGAGUUGUCAGUCCAAAACGGAAUACUAACAACAAGAGCCUCGAGGUUUCCAUUGUGCAUCGACCCUCAAACGCAAGCUCUCACAUGGAUAAAAAAGAAGGAGGCUAAAAAUAAUCUAAAGGUCCUAUCGUUUAACGAUCCACAAUUCUUGAGGCAAUUGGAGAUGGCGAUCAAGUACGGAAUGCCGGUUCUGUUUCAAGACGUAAAUGAGUAUAUCGAUCCAGUUGUAGAUAAUGUUUUGGAAAAGAAUAUCAAAGUGGAAAGCGGUCGGACAUUCGUGAUGCUAGGUAGCACGGAAGUAGACUACGACCCUAACUUCCGCAUGUACCUGACCACGAAGCUCGCCAACCCUCAAUUCAACCCGGCUGCGUAUGCGAAAGCCGUUGUUAUUAACUACACAGUCACCGUUCAGGGUCUCGAAGAUCAGCUUCUCAGCGUAGUAGUACGCGCAGAACGUUCAGAUCUUGAGGAGCAGCGGGAAAGCCUCAUCAUCGAGACCAGCGCGAACAAGAGUUUACUUUCUGGACUGGAGGACUCUCUGCUCAGGGAGCUGGCCACGUCGACCGGUAACAUGCUGGAUAAUGUUGAACUGGUCAAUACUUUGGAAAACACCAAGUCUAAAGCUGCUGAGGUGAUGGAAAAACUGGAACUGGCCGAAGCAACCACAAAAGAUAUAGAAAAACUAAGGGACGGCUACCGUCCGGUGGCGAAGCGCGGCUCCAUACUGUUCUUCGUUCUAUCCGACAUGGCGGGCGUGAACAGCAUGUACCAAUACUCGCUGUCUUCAUAUCUAGACGUUUUCUCGUUUUCGUUGCGGAAAGCGAUGCCGAACGUGAUUUUAGUGAAGAGACUUAAGAACAUAAUUGAUAUGCUCACUAAAAACGUCUACGACUACGGCUGUACAGGUAUAUUUGAACGUCACAAGCUCUUGUUUUCAUUCCAAAUGGAUAUAAAAUUGGAACAAAGUGAAGAUAACGUCUCGCAAGCACAAUUAGAUUUCUUUAUAAAAGGAAAUGUGUCCCUGGAAAAAUCUGCUCGUUCUAGUCCGGCACCAUGGAUGCCUGCUCAGGGCUGGCAAGACAUAAUGAAGCUAAGUUCAGAUUUCCCGGAUCCCUUUGCGACACUUCCUGACGAUAUUACCAAAUUCUUAGAAGAAUGGCAAGAGUGGUUCGACAGUGAUACACCAGAAUCAGCGGAGAUCCCGAACAACUAUCGAGAAAAACUAAAGCCGUUCGAACUAUUGAUGCUAUUGAGAUGUUUCCGUGUUGAUAGAAUUUACAGAGCCCUUACCGACUACAUAACCGUCACUAUGGGAGAAGAGUACAUUACGCCACCGGUUAUAAGCCUCGACAUGAUUGUGGAGCAGACAACACCUUUUACACCAGUAGUCUUCAUACUCAGUCCCGGGUCAGAUCCUACCGCUGACCUUAUGAAGCUAGCAGACAGAUGUGGCUUCGGAGGAGGGAAAUUUAAGUAUCUGUCUCUCGGACAAGGCCAAGAGGGAGCCGCGCUGUCGUUACUGGAAGGUGCAAUCUCACACGGGCAAUGGUUGAUCCUGCAAAAUUGUCACCUGCUCGUGUCUUUCCUUCGGGAGCUGGAAAAGCAGCUAGAGCUUAUGACGAAGCCCCAUCCUGAGUACCGGCUGUGGCUAACCACAGAUCCCACUCCGACGUUUCCUAUUGGGAUACUGCAGAGAUCGCUUAAAGUUGUUACAGAGCCCCCUAACGGUUUGAAGUUGAACCUUCGGAAUACAUACUUCAAGAUGCGCGCGCGGGCUCUCGAGGAGUGUCCACACCCCCAAUUCAAGAAACUUGUCUACGUUUUAGCCUUUUUCCACGCCGUUGUACAGGAACGUCGGAAAUAUGACAAAAUAGGUUGGAACAUAUCGUAUGACUUUAGCGAGAGUGACUUUGUUGUUUGCAUGCAAAUACUACAAUGUUAUUUGGAACGUUGUGCGGCGGCUAAUGGACCGAUACCGUGGGCAACUUUGAAGUAUCUAUUUGGGGAGGUGAUGUACGGAGGCCGAGUGAUCGACGACUUCGACAGACGAGUGGUCCGGACCUACAUGGAGGAGUACAUGGGAGAGUUUCUGUUCGAUAAGUUUCAACCAUUCCACUUCUACAAAGACUACGCGUUCGACUACGUAAUACCGCCCGAGGGGGAGAGAGACGAAUAUAUUGAUUUCAUCGACACACUUCCGCUCGCUAAUACACCAGAAGUUUUCGGUCUGCAUCCAAAUGCGGAGAUCGGUUACUUCAGCCAAGCAGUCCGCGAGAUGUGGGGGCAUCUCAUUGAAUUGCAGCCUCAAACGAGUGAGGCCGGGGGGGCCAUGAGUCGGGAAGACUUCAUCGACAACAUCGCAGUGGACGUGCUCAGCAAGCUACCAACUCUGUAUGAAAUUUGGCGAGUUAGGAAACAGUUUGAGAUGAACAUCACUCCUACACUCGUUGUUCUUCUGCAGGAGCUGGAGAGAUUCAACCGGCUAAUCAGUCGUAUGGGUAGCACUCUCUCGCUGCUCCGCAAGGCGCUGGCUGGUGAGAUAGGAAUGGAUGCGGUGCUGGAUAAUGUCUCGUACAGCCUCUUCAACGGUCAACUGCCUCAAGUGUGGCGGGCUCUAGCCCCGGCCACUUGCAAGGGACUGGGGGGUUGGAUGGACCAUUUCAUAGCCAGAACCAAACAAUAUACCGAUUGGGCAACAGUGGAAGAACCAGUAGUCAUUUGGCUCUCUGGUCUGCACAUUCCGGAAUCGUACCUGAUCGCGCACGUCCAGAUUGCUUGUCGCCUGUACACGUGGCCCCUGGACCGCUCUACACAGUUCACGAAGGUCACCAGCUGGGUAUCGGCCGAUGAAAUUGAAGAACGACCUGUCACCGGAUGCUACGUGCGUGGUCUUUACUUGGAGGGCGCUCGAUGGGACGUGGACGAGGGAUGUCUCAAGCGCUCUCACCCUAAAGUAUUGGUCACUGAACUACCAAUCAUGUAUAUAAUACCCAUUGAAUUUCACAAAUUGAAACUACAGAACACGCUACGCACCCCUGUGUACACCACAUCGCAGCGACGAAACGCUAUGGGUGUGGGACUUGUGUUCGAGUCGGACCUCUGGACCACUGAGCACUGCAGUCAUUGGAUACUGCAGGGCGUCUGUCUCAUUAUGAACACCGAUUAAUUUUACCUAUAUAAGUUUAUUGAUAGAAGAUAGCAAAGGUUAUUACCUAGUUUGAUUUAAGUUUUUUUUUGUUUAAUGUUUUCUUUUAUUACCAAUGACGUUAAAGUAACUUAAUGCAUUGCUCUUCUAUAUUUAAAUAGGUAAAGACAAAACAGUCAAUUCUCUUUUUUUUUCUGAGCUGCUAAAUUUGAAACUUUUUUCCAUUCCACGCCUUUACAAGAUGUCAAUAACAAAAAGAAAGCGAAAAUGUAAUAUGGCAUAAAUUUAAUAACAAAUGAUAUGGCAAUAAAGGAUUAUUGUUAAGUUUUGAACACAAGACGGACUAAUUUAAUUUAAUAGCAUUUUCAAUUAAAAAAGCAAUUUGAGAUACAGCAUCGUUUCAUAGCUUUUAACACAGCCUUUUGAACGCACGUUCCCAAAAGUUUUUUAAUUUAUCUACAGACAGACGAGAAAAUUCAUUUCCGGAUAGAUACGCCGUAUUAAUUACUACAAGUCAUUAGUUUAUAUUCGGAAUCUGAAUGUUGUCUAGUAUGUCUUUGUGAGGGCCUUCGAAUAAGCGAUGCACCGGUGUUCGAAUCCCGCAGGCGGGUACCAAUUUUUCUAAUGAAAUACGUACUCAUCAAAUGUUCACGAUUGACUUCCACGGUGAAGGAAUAACAUCGUGUAAUAAAAGUGAAACCCGCAAAAUUAUAAUUUGCGUAAUUACUGGUGGUAGGACCUGUUCUGAGUCCGCGCGGGUAGGUACCACCGCCCUGCCUGUUUCUGCCGUGAAGCAGUAAUGCGUUUCGGUUUGAAGGGUGGGGCAGCCGUUGUAACUAUACUGAGACCUUACAACUUAUAUCUCAAGGUGGGUGGCGCAUUUACGUUGUAGAUGUCUAUGGGCUCCAGUAACCACUUAACAUCAGGUGGGCUGUGAGCUCGUCCACCCAUCUAAGCAAUAAAAAAAAAAAAAAAAAAAUGUGGGACAUGAAUAUUAUUAUAAUGUAAUAUUUUUAAAAACGAAUAACAUAAUAAAUUAAGUACGGAUACAAAGGUUAGAUUCGCCAUUUUCUUUACACUUACUUCCAUUAGUUUAAAUUUAAAUAAUUUUUUUUAAUUUUAAGUUUAUUUAUUUUUAUUUUUCUGCACAUUGGAGCCUGAUUUAUAAUUAAAUAAAAAUACAUUUUGUAUUGGUAACUUUAUAAUUGUUGGAUGUAAUUGUUUGGUUUCCCGAAUUCAAGUUUCUAUUGUUAUUUUCAUGAUUUCAUAUAGUCAAUUACGAAUGAAUAAAAUAAGACUCGCAAAGAAA